UUGAAUUCUAUUGAAUAUCCUAUCCUAUUGAACUUGUGCUCCCCUGAUUUUUUUGUCGACCAUGCAAAUGUCGGAGUUGACGCAGAUUCAAAAAUCAUAUUUCGUUUUUUUAAUUUAUCUUGCCACAAUAUCUCAGGGCAAUGCCUCGAAGCACGAGAAAAUCAUCGGCGGUGUUGGUGCUGAAGAGGGUGAUUUUCCAUUUUUGGUGUCCCUGAGUCGUCUUGGUCGUCACUUCUGCGGUGGUAGCAUAAUAUCAGAGUUACAUAUCCUAACUGCAGCCCACUGCAUCAUCCGAAUGAGACGUUCACACCUUCGUCAGGUGCAAGUGCGAACGGGAAGUCUAGAAUGGAAAAAUCAGGGAAAACUUCAUCUUAUCGAUGGUGUACGAAUUUUUCCGGGUUAUCGACAUCCCGGUGGCUUCCGACAUGACAUUGCCAUCAUAAAGCUAAAGACCCCAAUAAAAUUCGAUGACUACACCAUGAGAAUUCAGCUAUCAAAGUCUCCACCCCCUGCCUGGUCUCAGGUGACAGUCGCAGGGUGGGGAAAAUACAGACUGUCAGGUCAAAGUGUACCUCAGGUACAGCAGGCAGCGGAUUUUUCCGUGAUUCCCCGAAGAAUAUGUCGUGAUGCUUACGGAUGGAACAUCGAUGAAAAUCAUAUUUGCAUAAAGGCAAAGCGGGGAGUUGGCGUCUGCUUUGGAGAUAGUGGAGGACCUCUGGUCUACGGUGAUAAGCUAGUGGGUGUUGCAUCUUUCAUUGGAGGAAAGUGCGGAUACAGCGGAAAACCUGAUGUUUUUGCCAGUGUUCCUCAUCAUCUUGAAUGGAUCAAGAAAGUCAUCAGUUCAUGAUUUAUCCAUGAUCUAUUGUGUGAU